CUCUUGACCAUUCUAACAGAAAUCCUGUACAAAAAAAUACAAAGAACCUUCAGACUUGCAAAUUGUGGCAGUAAAUCAACAUGUUAUUGGCAUGAAAUACUAUUCUCGAGAAUUGAUUCAAAACAACAAAUUGGCUUACGAUUGCAUUGCAAAAGUAUUUUAACGUUCCUUUUGUCGCAUGUUACAAACUGGGCUCUCUUCCACAUGCAAGCCAGUCACUGAUUUAAUUAAUAAGUCUCCUGGUCCUACCAAAUAAAUAAAUAAAUAUUAACUAGGUCACUCGAUAUUUGUGCAACAAUUUGAGAAACACGUAUUCAACUUCAAUACUCUGACUAACAAGAGAUAACUACCUACAAUAACAACAAAAAAAAUACCUCUCUCUCUCUGCUCUACUCUAUACAUCGAAUGGAAGUCGAACUUAAUUAAAACUUCAACAACCACAAACUAAUUGAUUUCGUGCAUGAUAUCAAAAAAGAGCGAGAGAAUAUCCAGAAUAUAGUUGGGAAAAAAGCCUCAACACACACACAGAGCCGUUUUGUCGGUUAUCCGGCAGGAAAAAGACGUCCUCUUAAUUCAACGAAAUAUCAAAGGGAUUUUAAAACUCCUGCUUAAUGUCCAUUGUACUGAAAGACAUGAUAAAAUGAGCAAAAAUGAAAAACAAAAAGUUGGAAAAAAUGGUGAAACAACACGGAAAUAAAUCCGUAUCCUCUGGAUUCGAGAGAGUGGAGUUCGUGCUAUGCUAUGGUUUGUUGCUGGCUAUGGUCGUCGAGUGUCGGUCGUCUGCCCAUAUAUACUCACACUCUCUGUUGACAGCUCUUUUUUCGCCGAAUUCGGAAGCUGAGAGACAAUCAACACCAAAGCCCAUAAGAGCAGUAGUUGUUCAGAAUACGAACUUGGGAAAUUUUUCUUCAACGUUUUCACCUCGGACUCACAUCAUGCCGCUUUUUGAUGAUUCCCCGUUUUUCGAUGAUUCCUCCGCUAUUCCGAUCCUGGCUGACUAAUCAACUGAUCGGAGCGAACACAAUUUCAACAAUGAUCAUAAAAAUC